AUGGGAGACGCAGAUGCCCGGAACAGCGACCAUGUCAAUUCGUCCACCGAGGACGUUCGAUCCACCGCUCAGCCGACGGUGUGGGCGACCAUCAAACAAUCCUAUAAGAUAUUGAGCUACUGCCUUGCUCUGACUGCCGGCAUCCUGCUUUACGGGUACGAUAUGGUCAUUGUGAACAAUGUGUCGUCCAUGCCACAGUUCCAGCGUGACUAUGGCCGGGAAUUGAAGGGACAACUGAUCAUCCCCUCGGUCUGGCUGAGCCUCUGGAGCGUGGCCGGCCCGAUCGGGGGCUUGUUCGGUGCGAUCGCGAGCGGCUUCGUCCAAGACCGUAUCGGUCGUCGCUUUUCGCUAGCCAUUGCCAGCCUGCUUUCCGCCAUAGCGGUCGCCGUCUUGUAUGUCUCCAAUUUCGCGACCGAGAUCGACGACCGCAGGGCCAUCUUCCUAGUGGGAAAAUUAGUCCAAGGAUUCGCCGUGUACAUGGUCGUGAGCACGGCUGAGACCUAUAUGUCAGAAGUACUGCCUACCGUGUUACGAGGGCCGACUCUUGCUCUGUUUCCCAUCUUCACACUCGUGGGCCAGUUGGUAGGCAGCGCGGUGGUCUGGAGCGCCCUCCACACUCUUGGAGCGAGGGGCUACCUCAACUGCUUCCUAUCGCAAUGGCCCUUCUCAGCUCUGUCCCUCUUAGUGUCCGUCAUGAUCCCCGAGAGCCCAACGCACCUCGUCCGCCAGAGCCGAUUGGACGAAGCGCUCAAAGCACAGAAACGACUAGAUUCCGCCGAGGUGGACUCCAUGGCCAAGAUCCAACAACUGCGCGCAUCGGCCCAACUCGGGGAGCAAGAAUCCGCGGGAUACCGCGAGUGUUUCGUGGGGGUCAACCGGCGGCGCACAAUCAUCGUCCUCUUCGUGAACAUGAUCCCGAAUAUGAUGGGACUCGUACUGUUGGCCAAAGCAAGCUAUUUCCUGCAGAUCAUCGGCUUGGGAGCGAACACAAGCGUUAUGAUGCUGCAGGUCAGCAUUGGGCUGGGGUUAGCAGCCAAUGUCUUCAGCUUCUGGACGUUGUCCCGAUUUGGCCGCGUAUCGCUCAUCAUUGCAAGCUUGGGGAUCAUAGCACUAUUGUGGCUGGGUAUGGGCAUUGCCGGCUGUUUUUAUGGAGAAGUCACUGUCUGGUACUCGGCUGUGACGUUCUGUUUGGUCGUCGUCUUCAACGGAGCUGGGGCAUGGCCAGCGACCUACGCCGUGGGCGCGGAGACUUCCUCCCUACGGCUCCGCGCCAAGACGCAAGGACUAGGAUGGCUCGUAAAUUGCCUCGCAACUGGGGUUGCCGGUCUGGUGCUGCCCUAUGCAUUCAACCCGGACCAAGGCGCACUGGGCUCAAAGACAGGAUUCAUGUUCUCCGCCUCCAGUCUCGUGGCACUGCUGAUAACAUGGUUCCUGGUGCCGGAGAUGAAAGACCGGACCCCAACUGAAAUCGAUCGUAUGUUCGAAAACCACCUGCCGACGAAGGAGUUCAGAAAAUGGUCACCCGAGAUGGAUGAGGUGACAGUCAGGUUGGGUGUCUGA